CACCUAGCUCGCUCCUUAUAUUCACUCUGGCUCCUGCACAUCGUUUCGGUUGGUGCUUCUCAGGUUGACCUCGGGCUGUACACAGGCGCCUUGCAUAGCUACACUCCUCAAUGGCUUCUGAAAAGUUUGAGGCCGGCGAUGCGCCGCCAGACCCCCAUAGCAUUUCCCACCUUUCGUCUGCGUCGACAACCGAGGAGGACAAGCGUCCAAAUCAGGACGAUGAGAUAACAGACGUCAAUCGGUCGAGCGACGAUGACUUGCCCGGAACAUUUGAGCCAGUGCGACCGGGAGACCGCGAAGAGCUGACCCGGAUCGCGUCGUCGCUCUCGUCGCGACGUGCCAGCACCCUGGGUCGUCGCGAAAGCAACGCCAUAACCCGCCUGGAUACUGUCGACGAACUCGCUCUGGAGGAUCCUCGACUCGAACCCGCCAAUACGAAAUUCGACGCCUAUCUGUGGGCUCGAAAGAGACUACGCAUGCUGCAGCAGGAAGGAAUCCGCCCGCAAAGAGCCAGUAUCACCUUUAAAAAUCUAAACGUGUCGGGUUCAGGAGCUGCCUUGCAAUUACAAAAUACAGUCGGCUCGGUCUUGUUGGGCCCAUUGCGGCCAGGGGACUUCUUCAGUUUCUCCAAAUCAAAAACCCACAAAAAGAUUUUGUCUAAUUUCGAUGGCGUCCUCAAAAGCGGUGAAUUGUUGAUGGUUCUCGGGCGACCAGGCAGUGGAUGUUCCACAUUCUUGAAAACUCUGUCUGGUGAAUUGCAUGGACUUGAUCUGGACAAGGAGUCUGUCAUACACUACAGUGGUGUUCCAAUGAACAAGAUGCAUGCUGAGUUCAAAGGCGAGGUCCUGUAUAACCAGGAAGUCGACAAGCACUUCCCUCAUUUGACUGUUGGCGAAACAUUGGAAUUUGCCGCGAGAGCAAGGGCCCCAGCUCAUCGCUUUCAGGGUCAGACCCGGGAUGAUUAUGUCAACGAAACCACCCAAGUGGUCAUGGGUGUCUUCGGACUAUCGCAUACCUACAAUACCAUUGUUGGCAAUGACUACGUGCGUGGUGUGUCCGGUGGUGAACGAAAGCGGGUUAGUAUUGCUGAAAUGGCUCUCUCUAGGGCACCCAUUGCGGCAUGGGAUAAUAGCACUCGCGGAUUAGAUGCAGCAAGUGCUUUAGAAUUCGUUAAAGCACUUCGUAUGUCUGCCGAUUUAUCUGGAAGCUGUCAGAGUGUGGCCAUCUAUCAAGCGUCUCAAGCCAUUUAUGAUGUUUUUGACAAGGUCAUUGUCCUGUACCAAGGUCGCCAAAUUUAUUUCGGCCCGUGUAGCCAGGCAGAGCAGUACUUUUUUGACAUGGGAUGGUCGAAACCUUCUAGACAGACUACCGGUGAUUUCCUCACCUCGGUCACUAACCCACAGGAGCGUCAACCUCGAGAAGGAAUGGAGAACAAGGUUCCGCGCACUCCGGAUGAAUUCGAAACAUAUUGGAGGAACAGUUCUCAUUAUCAGGCUUUGAUGCGAGAAAUCGAGGAGCAUGAAGCCACCCAUCCCGUGGGUGGUGGCGCAGAAAAGGAUUUGGCAGACAAAAAACACGCUCAGCAGGCCAAACACGUCAACCCGAAGAGUCCUUACUUGAUGUCCAUACCCAUGCAGGUUCGGCUUUGUACCAAACGGGCCUAUCAAAGAUUAUGGAACGACAAGGCUACCACAUUGACGACGGUGAUUGGUCGUGUAUUCAUGGCUUUGAUUAUUGGUUCCAUCUAUUUCGGUACACCGAAUGCAACGGCAGGAUUUCAAAGCAAAGGCGCCGCCAUAUUUUUUGCAGUUUUACUGAAUGCGCUCAUCAGUAUAACGGAGAUCAACUCAUUGUAUGAUCAGCGUCCCAUUAUCGAAAAACAAGCGUCAUACGCCUUCGUCCACCCCUUCACUGAAGCACUAGGUAGUAUAGUGGCAGAUCUUCCUAUCAAAUUUGUUGCUUCAGCGGCCUUCAAUAUUGUACUCUACUUCCUUGCUAGUCUGCGCUCUGAGCCAUCUCAAUUUUUUAUCUUCUUUCUAUUUACAUUCAUCGCCACUUUAUCCAUGUCUUCGAUCUUUCGAACGCUGGCCGCCGCAACGAAAAGUCUGGCCCAAGCCAUGGCUUUGGCUGGUGUCAUGGUCUUAGCCAUCGUUAUAUACACCGGCUUCGUUAUACCUGGCCCCCAGAUGCACCCUUGGUUUUCGUGGAUUCGCUGGAUCAACCCCGUAUUUUAUGCUUUCGAGGCUCUUGUAGCGAAUGAAUUCCAUGGGCGUGAAUUUGGUUGCUCGAGCUUCGUUCCUGCGUAUCCCAACCUGUCUGGCAACACCUUCAUCUGCUCUUCACGCGGUUCAAUCACUGGUCGAAUGACUGUAUCUGGUGAUGACUUUAUUGCAAGCCAGUACGAUUAUUCCUACUCACACGUAUGGAGGAACCUAGGAAUUUUGAUAGCCUUUUGGAUAUUUUUCAUGUUUACCUAUCUCAUUUUCACUGAAUUCAAUUCGGCAACCUCUUCAACUGCCGAAUUUCUUGUCUUCCGCCGCGGUCGAGUUCCUGCAUAUAUGACGAAGUCUGACAAUGAUGCCAAGAACGAAGCUGUCGAAGCACCCUCAUCGCGCGGUAAAGAUGGGGAGGAGAAGCAACAAUUGCAGGUUCUUCCCGAACAACAUGAUGUAUUCACAUGGCAAAACGUGUGCUACGAUAUUCCUGUUAAAGGCGGCCACCGGCGGCUUUUGGAUAACGUCUCCGGCUGGGUCAAACCAGGAACACUUACAGCACUUAUGGGAGUAUCCGGGGCCGGUAAAACCACGCUUCUUGACGUUCUUGCGCAACGUGUUUCUAUUGGGGUGGUAACGGGAGAUAUGUUUGUUAAUGGCAAGCCGUUGGAUCCUAGCUUUCAACGCAAAACUGGAUACGUUCAACAACAAGAUCUUCACUUGGAGACCAGCACUGUCCGAGAGGCAUUACGAUUUAGUGCCGCCCUACGCCAGCCUAAGAGCACACCCAUGUCUGAGAAGUAUGCCUAUGUGGAAGAAGUAAUCAAAAUGCUUAAUAUGGAAGACUUCGCUGAGGCUGUGGUUGGAACACCUGGCGAAGGUUUGAACGUUGAGCAGCGCAAGCUUUUGACUAUAGGCGUGGAAUUGGCUGCUAAACCCGCUUUACUGUUGUUUCUGGACGAGCCCACUAGCGGUCUCGAUUCCCAAAGCUCUUGGUCUAUUUGUGCUUUUUUGCGCAAGUUGGCAGAUAACGGUCAGGCUGUUUUAUCGACUAUCCAUCAACCUAGUGCCAUUCUUUUCCAACAGUUUGACAGACUUCUGUUCUUGGCGAAGGGAGGUAAGACGGUGUAUUUCGGCGAUAUUGGCAAGGAUUCCACAACUUUAUUGGACUAUUUUGAGGGCAAUGGCGCACGGAAAUGUGACGCUGCUGAGAAUCCUGCGGAAUAUAUGCUCGAGAUCAUUGGCGCAGGUGCGUCUGGUAAAUCAACUCAAGAUUGGCCCUCCAUUUGGCAAGAAUCCAAAGAGUCAAACGAUAUCCAAGCUGAACUCGGCCGAAUUCAUCAAGAACGAUCUGCUGCACACUCUCAGCCCAAUGGCGAUAAUAGCACUUCCGAAAACCAGUCUACUCUGGCUGCUUCCAAUUCUUCAGAAUUUGCAAUGCCGUUCAAAGACCAACUUUGGCUCGUUACUGUUCGCGUGUUCCAGCAGUACUGGCGUGAUCCCCAGUAUAUCUUUGCCAAGUUGCUCUUAGGUCUGGCAUCUGCAUUGUUUAUUGGGUUUUCAUUCUUCAAGCCAAACAGCAGCUUGCAAGGAUUCCAAGAUGUUAUAUUUAGCACGUUUAUGAUGACGUCUAUUUUCUCCACACUUGUCCAACAGAUUAUGCCUCGAUUUGUCCAACAACGAUCGCUGUAUGAGGUUCGAGAACGCCCCUCCAAAGCAUAUUCAUGGGCCGCCUUCCUCGUCGCCAACGUCGUUGUCGAAAUUCCGUACCAGAUAAUCUUGGGUGUAAUUGUGUGGGCAAGCUACUACUACCCCAUCUAUGGAGCAAAUCAAACAUCAGAACAACAGGGUUUGAUGCUGCUUUUCGUCGUCCAAUUUUUCAUCUUCACGUCUACCUUUGCCGACCUAGUUAUUUCCUCAAUGCCUAAUGCUGAAAUGGCUGGUACAAUUGCCACAUUCGCAUUCGCAUUGACCCUAACUUUCAACGGUGUUAUGCAGCCACCUAAUGCAUUGCCCGGAUUCUGGAUCUUUAUGUACCGCGUCUCGCCUCUAACAUACCUUGUCUCUGGUAUGACUGGAACCGGUCUGGAUGAUCGACCUAUCGUUUGCUCGAGUCCUGAGAGAAGCGUCUUUGAUCCUCCCACUGGCCUUACCUGCGGCGCAUACAUGAAACAAUAUCUUGCAGUAGCUCCCGGUGUUCUUUACAACCAGGACGCGACGAGUAAUUGUCAAUACUGCUCUCUGACUAACGCAAACCAGUUCUUGGCUGGUAGCAGUAUCUACCCCGAUCAAAAAUGGCGCAACUGGGGAAUCGGAUGGGCUUACAUCGGUUUUAACAUCUUCGGCGCCUUAGCAUUGUACUAUGCAUUCCGUGUGCAGCAUUACAGCCCUACAUCCCUGAUUAGAGGAGUGCGUGACUGCGGAAGCGUUGUCGGACGCAUGUUCAAGAGAAGCUCCGAGGCACCAAAGGGUACAAAACCGCAAGAUGGAAGAGUUUUCUAGCCGUUCUUUACUUUUCUAUAUUUUUGUCUGACAACCAUCUAUCUGUUUUUAAUUUGUUUGCUUUUUUGUCCACCUAUAUAAUUACUUCUAGUAACUUUCUCUACGAUGUAGAUAGUCACUACACCUUUAAAAAUACAUUUUCUUAAGUUUUAUA